AUGGCUGGCACAUUUAUCGAAGGAGUCGGGGACGAAGUGAUCUACGUGGUCACUUUGGUAUUGGCUGCUUUCGUCUCGAUUUUGGCCAGUAUGGGUAAAAGGUACAAUCUGCAAAUGAUUCAUCCAGACAGUAUGGAAAAUGUCCAAACUGCUCGUGAACACCUGAAUCGAGUUCCAAUCAGUGAUUCAGACAGACGACGCAAUGAAACAAGUUGUCCCGUGUGUCUUGAAGACCUUUACUAUGGGGUAGAAACAAAUUGUGGACACAUUUUCUGUGCACGCUGUAUAAUUGCCUACUGGCAUUAUGGUUCAUGGUUAGGUGGUAUCAAAUGUCCUGUCUGCAGGCAAAAGGUUACUCUUAUUCUAAUCUGUUUCACGGAAUCAGAAACACAGUCUGCAUCUCAAGAACAAACAAAUAUUUUAAAUGAAAUACAUGAUUACAAUAGAAGGUUUUCUGGUGAACCACGGCCUGUGAUGGAUUAUAUUCGUGAUAUUCCAACUUUAUUGAGGCAUUUUUUGCAAGAACUUUUUACUAUGAAUGGCCUCAUGAUGAUGUUCCGUAUGCGAAUAACAAUAUGUACAGUGUUUGGCAUCUGCUACCUCAUCUCACCCUUGGACAUAAUCCCUGAGGCUGCCUUUGGUCUAUUCGGGCUUUUAGAUGAUGUCUUUGUUAUUCUGCUUAUUGUCGUCUACAUUUCAAUUGGUUAUAGAGAGUUUGUGGCCUCUCGAAGGUCAUAG